AUGUACGACAGGCUGUUGGGAAAUCUACUUGACAAGACAGCACUUGAGAACUCGCCUCAAUACAGUAAACGUUAUUUAGACAGACUUUCGUCGGGAUUUAUGCGCAAGAAACGCUCAACAAUCCAAGACAAUCUGUCGUCUGUUGUUAAUAGUAUACCCACUCAACACCUUAAUAUUCAGAAUGAAAACAAUGGUGAUGAAGAUUCGGAUAAGAACACGACACGUCAAGUACAAAGCGAAACCAGCGCGGGCUCUGAUUACAACAAGCGAGGUUUUGACAGACUGAAUGCUGGGUUUGUGAAGCGCCCAUUUGACACACUAAACUCUGGCUUUGUGAAACGUCCGUUCGACCGAUUAAGCUCUGGAUUUGUGAAGCGCCCGUUCGAUAGACUAACAUCUGGGUUUGUAAAACGUCCUAUGAAUAGCGUAAUUGAUGAGCCACUUCAGAUGAAUGUAGAUGAUGAAAAGCGUGGGUUUGACAGGUUAAACUAUGGCUUUGUGAAACGACCUUUUGACAGACUCAAUUCUGGAUUUGUCAAAAAGGACGACGAAACUUUUGAUAACGGCGAUGUAAUCAGUGAGAAAAGGUACUUCGCCAGAUUGAAUAUGGGGUUUAUCAAACGCAAUGACAUACUGUCAGGAACUGAUACAGCUUCCCGAGUUGAUGAUAAACGUGGAUUUGACAGAUUAACCAGCGGUUUCGUCAAGAAAGAGGACAUGCUUGAAGAUACGGAAGACGUAAGCGGUCUUACAAUUGAAAACAAACGGUACUUUGACCGUUUAACAAACGGGUUUGUUAAGAAGAACGACAAUUUUAAUAUUGGAAGCGAUGAAUACGAAACCGAUAUGAACAGGCAACGAUUCAACAGGAUAUCCAAUGGCUUCGUCAAACGUCCGCAAGAAAACACCAACAGCUCAGACGACCACAAAGAAGACAAAAGAUACUUUGACAGAUUGAAUUCAGGCUUCAUUAAAUGA